UAUUCUUCCUUCUCCUCGUGUUCCACCCUCAUAUUUUUCUAUUUCAUAGUCCCUACCCUACCCACCAACAACUCUUUCACUUUUCAACUUUUUUUUCUUUCCUUUUUUGUUUGCUUUCAAUAUUUAAUGUUACAUGUCCUUAAUUUCGGAAAAACCCUUGUUGGAUAUCUUACAUGGGAAACUCACAUCCUAAAAACCGUGACCCUCCUCAGUUUUCCAGAAACCUUGUUGAAGAGAGGUUUCCCUCUCACAAAAGCAGAACCUUUUCAACGCCGCCACCGCCACCGCGAGAACCACCACCUAUGGCUUCUAAGAAUCUUCAUCAUGGUUCUGGCUCAGGGAAACAUUCUACAAAAGAGAAAUAUGCUCUGAUUCCUGAUAACUUCACUACCCUUGAACAGGUUACAACUGCCUUGAGGAACGAAGGUUUAGAAUCAUCAAAUCUCAUCCUUGGAAUUGAUUUUACCAAAAGCAAUGAAUGGACUGGAAGAAUCUCAUUCAAUAAUAGAAGCCUGCAUGCUAUUGGAGAUACACCUAACCCCUACGAGAAAGCCAUCUCCAUCAUUGGCAAGACUCUGGCUCCUUUUGAUGAAGACAACUUGAUUCCUUGUUUUGGAUUUGGUGAUGCCACCACUCAUGAUCAGGAAGUGUUUAGCUUUCACAGUGAUCAUUCAUCUUGCCAUGGUUUUGAGGAAGUCUUGGCUUGCUAUCAAAAAGUUGUUCCAAACUUGAGUCUUUCAGGACCAACAUCUUACGCUCCAGUGAUCGAGGCUGCAAUAGACAUAGUUGAGAAAAGUCAUGGCCAAUUCCAUGUGUUAGUUAUUGUUGCAGAUGGCCAGGUCACAACCAAUGCCGUCACUGGAGAUGGAGAACUCAGUCCACAAGAAGCAAGGACAAUCAAAGCAAUAGCAGAUGCAAGUUCAUACCCCCUUUCUAUUAUUCUGGUUGGAGUUGGUGACGGACCUUGGGAUGACAUGAAGAAGUUUGAUGACAAGAUACCGGCUCGUGAUUUCGACAAUUUUCAGUUUGUUAACUUCACUGAAAUAAUGUCCAAGAAAUCAAGCCCCUCUGAAAAAGAAGCUGCUUUUGCUCUGGCUGCUCUAAUGGAGAUACCUUUCCAAUACAAAGCAGUCAUUGAACUUGGACUACUUGGUCGUGCAACAGGAAGGGCAAAUAAAAUAGUUCCAAGACCUCCUCCAGCUCGUUAUGCCAGGCUUGUGCCUCCAGCUCGUGUUCUGAACAAUGUGCCAUCCUUCAUGGAUGAUGUGAGAAAUCAAACGGCAUGUGCUAUUUGUCUAACAAAUGCAAAGGAUUUGGCAUUUGGAUGUGGUCACAUGACUUGUAGAGACUGUGGAUCCAGGUUAACUAAUUGUCCGAUAUGUCGUCAGAGGAUCACCAAUCGUCUUAGGGUGUUUUCUGGCUGAUUGCAGAAUGGAAAAUCAUGUGCAAUGUAUAUUUUGACUAAGGCCCUGUUUGGAUAAAUUCCUCCUCCAAGUGUUUGUUUGGACUUUGGAUUGAAUUUCUCCCACAAAUUAAAAUCAACUUAUCACUUAAGCCUUUGGAGAAGUUUGAUGGGAGAACUUCUAAAAGGUUAAAGUGCAUAAGUUGAUUUUAACUUAAGAAAGAAACUUAAUUUACUUUACUUUUUAUGAAGUGUUUAUGGAGAAAUUUAUUUAAAUAGGGCUGAAAAGAUAACUGUCUUUUGUAUGUUUGAUGGUGUGGCUUUAAGAGCGCUCAAGAAUGACCAUGUUGCAUAGAAAAGGUGGUUUCGAAAUUCGAAUUGCAGGAUGGCUAGGAGUUGACCAUGAUGGCACAUGUAUAAUAUGUGUUUGAAUUUGAAGAAAUUUGUUUCAAUCGCUGCACAAUGUACAUAUUGUUUAUAUGCACUUAUGUUAAAAUUGUAUGUACUGUUAGAGGAUUGUGCUAGAUAUUCAUUGGAAUCCCAUAUUAGCUAUUAUAUUCUGUAAGUUAUGGACAUUGAGAAUUCUACGAUGUUGAGCUUUAGCAUAUAUAGCUAUUAAGAAGGCAUAGACUUGA